GAAAAAUUUAAAAGAAAAAAUGAAAUAAUGUCUCAGUUCUGCUUCUUUAUUUUCUCUUCAGAAAAACCCAUUCUUAAUAUUUUUCUUUGGCAUUUGGAACCUACAACAAUCUCUUACCAGUUCUUUUUCUGCUAAUUUAAGAUAGUUCUUUUUUGGUGAGGGGGCAAUUUUCUUAUACUGUGUUGAAAACAUGAUUUGGAUCAUCAUGUUGUGUCUUUAGUAUAUAUUAUUCUCUACUUGGAACAAACAAGUUUGAUAGAAAAACUUAGUUGAUGAUCAUGGCAAAAAGGAUGAGCUUUUGUGAUUUGCCUGAGGAAAUAAUUGAGAAAAUCAUGUUGUGGGUGCCUGCCGAUUCUCUAGUACAAUCUAAAGUUGUGAACAAGUUUUGGUAUUCCCUUAUUUCGGGUUUGAUUAACGACCCAAAAUUUGUUUCCGACCACCUCCUCAUUGCCAAAAACCAGUCCUCUGCAUCCUUACUCUUCAAAUGGCCUUCCCACCAUGUUGAUCAUCGCUUGAUCGCAUACAAAUUGUUGACUGUAAACUAUGAUGAUGGUGGCGAGGACGAUCCUCUUAUGUCUGUCACAGAACCUCUCAGUAUACAUUUGCCAGAACUUAUUGGUGAUGAAAGCUCUUGGCAUUGUAGUUAUCACUGUGAUGGGCUAAUUUUGUUAGUAAGUGAUGUUGGAAGAAUGGCGUUAUGUAAUCCCGCUUUGAAAGAAUUCAUGUUUCUCCCACAACCAAGGAACUUUAUAAUUGAAGGGCCUCCUAGAUAUCCUAAUGGUGUUGUGGAAUUUGGAUUUGAUUCUGUAAACAAUGAUUACAAAUGUGUUGUCAUUUGGUGCCAUAACAAAUGCAAAGUUGAGGUUUACACAAUGAGUUCCAAUUCUUGGAGAGAAAUCAACAUGCCUCAAGACAUAGUAGACAUUAUAACGUCUAAUGUUCUAGGCAACCCUUUGUAUUGGGAAGGAGUUUGUUACUGGUUGGGGCAUGAUUUAGACAAUUAUUAUUAUCGAGUGAUCCUCAGUUUUAAUUUGAGUAACGAGGAGUUCCAUCUCAUACGUUUGCCACACUUUAAAUCUUGGGACCUUACUUGUUAUCGCAUUGAGUUUGUGGUGUGGAAUGAUUCAGUUGCGCUGUAUUGGAGAGAUGACAGAAAGAAUAUUCUUCGCCUUUUCACAAUGGAUGUUGCUGAAGAAGGUUCUGAUUAUUCUUGGACCAACUAUGAGUGUGUUGGACCAGUGGGAAAAAUUUGGUUUGAGCAGCCAAUUUGGAAGAAUGAUGAGAUUCUAAUGGAGCUAAAGAAAGAUGGGCAUAAAGAGUUGGUGACUUUUAACAUUCUUACCCAAAAGGUAAGAAAUGUUGUUUGUUGUGAUCAAGAUUUUAGCAGGGAUUUAAGAUCAAGGCAAUUUUUCUUUGUAAAGAGUCUGGUUUCUCUUAGGAGGAGGUGAAGUUGGAUUCAAGCAAAAUUGUAAUGAAUCAGUGACCAAGAAUAGUGUUCAAAACACUACCCAGAGAGAGAGACUAAUGUUCCACCAAAGUGACUACCAAGAGUAGUGUUCAAAUCGGUGGUUUACAUUUCAUGAACAAAAUGUAAACUAGACUAAAACUUAAAAAGAAAAGGCAUAAUUGGAUCAAUCCACAGUGACACUAUCCAAAUAA